CAUCUUCCCACAGUGGCGUACAGUGGUCUCCAAAGUCCUUCUUGUUCAAGCCUUCCCGAAUCCCCGACGUAUUAUAGCUCUUGCCAUCAGAUUCCUCUCAUAAUGUCCUCAUCAGAGCCCGGAUACCUCAGUGCCGCUCGAUACGGCAAAGAUCUCGUCAGGGUCGCUCGAGUCGUCAGGGAGGGCAACGUUCAUCAUGUGGUCGAAUAUACCGUCCGGGUGAUGCUGGAGGGUCAAAUCGAGACCAGCUACACCAAGGCCGACAACAAGUGUGUCGUAACGACGGACAGCAUGAAGAACACGGUCAACGUCUUUGCCAAGACGUCUCCUCACGUCUUGACGCCAGAGCUCUUUGCCCUUCACCUGGCUCUUCACUACGUCAACCACCACGACCAUAUCAACAAAGCUUUCAUCGACAUCCUCUCUCACAAGUGGUCCCGGAUCCCCGUCCAGGGCAAGCCUCACGGAUGGGCGUUCACGAGGGAUGGAGAGGAAAAGGCUGUGAUUGCGGUCGUGGCGGACGCGACUGAAGGCAAGCAGAACGUCAAGGCGACGGUAAAGUCGGGGAUGAAGGAUCUGCUAGUACUCAAGACCGCUGGUUCGAGCUUUGAGGACUUCUACAAGGACGAAUUUACGACACUCGGAGAGGUCGCCGACAGACUAUUCUCGACUUCUGUUACCCUCGACUACACCGUUCCCCUUCCCUCGUCAAUUCCUCUGACGAUCGAUUCCAUUACCGAGAUCGGCAAGAAGCUGGACUUUCCCCGAAUCUUCCGCACCGCCAAAGAGGUCACGCUGGAAGUGUUUGCCACGGACGAGUCUGCUAGUGUUCAGGCGACCAUGUACAAUACCGCUCAGAAGUUGCUUAGGGAUGCCAAGGAGAUCGAGAAGGUCAGCUACAGCUACCCGAACAAACACUACAUUCCCGUCAACCUCGCACCUUUCGGUCUGGACAACGGUUUGGGACGAGAAGGGGGCGCCGAGGUGUUCCAUCCUGCCGCCGACCCAUCUGGACUGAUCACGGCUAGCGUGACGAGGAAGGGAGCCGGUGGAUCUUUACCCAAAUCUAACCUCUAGCAGGGCGGUAAAACACUGGAUGGAGCCCUAUACAUGCUAUACAUAGAUUCUUGAACCUUGUAACAUUUCAGUCUUUUUCCCUAAUGAUCGCGCUAUCGAUUGCGGCAUACUCCAGCACUCCAGCAAA